GAUUUCAGUUAGUAGCGAAACGUUGUUUCAUUCGUUUGGGUGCAGCUGGUUACGUAUAAUCAGCAUAGUAAUAUCCGGCCUGUCGAUUUACACGUUUUCAGCCUAAUAACGUCAUUCAUUUGUUAUAAGAAUAUCGUGGUUCUAAGUCGAUUUGUAUUGAACGAAAUAAAUUAACUGAAGCCGGCAGUGGUUUUCUUUUAGCCGAAAAUUUUCCAUCGCAAAUCGGUUAAUUUGGCUGUUGUGUUUUCUCGCCUGAAUAUUAAGUGUGGCAUACCGUUGAAUGUUUCGGUUGAUUUUUUUAUUAGAAAUAAAUGUUAUUCGCCAAACACGUACAGAAAAUGUGCGGUACACUUUGUUAAACAUGCGAGUUUAUUUACAUUGAUCGAUUCGUGUAAACAACCUAAAUCAAAUUGGCACGCAUCACCUCUUAUAUGAAAACCAAUGUCUGUUCAUUCGAUAUCACUAGUUGAACACGAAUCGCUCUAAACAGUGAGUCGACAAGAGUGUACCGGAAACUGUCAACGAACGAAUGUAACAACACAUCAGUGCUUGGACUUUCAACAACAACAACAACAAAAAUACUCCACCCAAAAUGCUUUGGUCAUUCGUAACAUCAUCGCUAACAACCAAAUUGAAUAUGAAGCCGAAGACACAGUCAAUCGAACAGAAGACUGAAGUGUAUUUAGCGAAACGGGCUUGUGAUGGUUUGAAUGUAGCAUCGGCAACUGUUAGAUGUAAGGCUACUAAUUGUUUAAACGAUGGUGCUAUGAGUCGGGAUUGGUGUGGUAGCGACGAUUUUUCUACUUCAUGCUGCGAAGCUUCGACACGUAAUUACAACAAUUCGUACAGUCAAUUUAGAAAUUUAACGUUUAAGUGUAGUAAAUGGAAAGGUUUUUGUUACGGUCAGUGUCUUGACGAUUUGUUUAAUGUGAUGGUUCGGUUCGUCAAAAUGUGUGGCGAUUUAGUGAAUAAUUGUAAACUAUUUAGGGUUUUUGUGAUGGUGGGACUAUUGUUACUGUGCUGUGGAAAGACUUGUGCCCUACCGAAUUUCGGUAGUGUAACCGCGGAUGGUGUUACACGGAACACGAAUGCUAUUCAAGAGGCUACUGUUUCGGCAACGGCAGAGACAACUAAAUUCACAGAACAACAACAUCCUCCUCCACCAACACCGACCAUAUACCAACCUGUAGAUUUUCCGGUAUCUAGUGUUGAUUUUGAAAGAGUACAGACACCAUUCAUUAUUGGUAUUUGGAUAUUGUCGGCGAGUGUUGCCAAGAUCGGCUUUCACAAAACACCAAAACUAAAUAAAAUUUUUCCGGAAUCAUGUCUAUUGAUCUUUCUCGGUGGGCUGAUCGGAGUAAUUCUGCUGUUCGGAACUCGUUUGGAUGUUUCACCGUUGACACCAAAUACAUUUUUCUUUUACAUGCUUCCACCAAUUAUAUUAGACGCCGGCUACUUUAUGCCGAAUCGAAUGUUUUUUGAUAAUUUAGGCACGAUUUUGCUGAUGGCCAUUGUUGGCACGAUUUUUAAUACUGCAUGCAUUGGUGCUUCCUUAUGGGGAUGCGGUUUGUUAGGUGUCUUUGGCGUGGAAACACCAAUUUUGGAUAUUUUCCUAUUUUCAUCGCUAAUUUCUGCCGUUGAUCCUGUUGCUGUGCUAGCUGUUUUCGAGGAAAUCCAUGUUAAUGAAAUUCUGUACAUUGUAGUGUUUGGCGAGUCGUUGCUGAACGAUGCCGUUACGGUCGUAUUGUAUCAUAUGUCGGAAAAGUACAGUGAAAUUGGAGUCGAAAAUUUGAAUGUAACACACGUUGCAAAAGGUGUGACGCAAUUCUUUGUGGUAGCGCUUGGUGGCACAUUGAUAGGUGUAAUUUGGGGUUUUCUAACCGGCCUUGUAACUAGGUAUACCGAUAAUGUACGUGUUAUCGAACCAAUAUUUAUUUUCGUGAUGGCUUAUUUGGCCUAUUUGAAUGCGGAAAUUUUCCAUAUGAGUGGCAUUUUAGCUAUAACAUUUUGUGGCAUAACAAUGAAAAAUUACGUCGAGGCGAAUAUAUCACAAAAGUCACAUACCACAAUAAAGUAUGCACUGAAAAUGAUUGCAAGUUCAUCGGAAACGGUUAUCUUUAUGUUCCUGGGUGUAGCUACCAUAAACAGUCAUCAUGAUUGGAAUACCUGGUUCGUUAUUCUGACGAUAUUGUUCUGUUCGGUGUUUAGAGCGAUUGGUGUUCUGAUUCUAACGGCAAUGGCAAACAAAUUCCGAAUAAAUAAACUGUCGAAUGUGGAUCAGUUUGUUAUGUCUUAUGGAGGUCUUCGAGGUGCCGUCGCGUUCGCUUUAGUACUUUUGAUCGACAAAGAUCACGUCAAAUUACAGCCAAUGUUCGUGACAACAACAAUAGCCGUCAUCUACUUCACAGUCUUUGUGCAGGGAAUCACCAUCAAACCGUUGGUGAAAAUCCUAAAUGUUAAGAGAGCCGAAAAGAAAAAACCGUCGAUGAACGAACGCAUCCACGAACGGUUUAUCGAUCAUUUGAUGGCUGGCAUCGAGGACAUAGUUGGCAAAACGGGCAACUACAAUGUCAGAGACAAGUUCAAGAGAUUCGAUAACAAAUUCAUUCGUCCGUUUCUUAUCAGAGAUUUAUUGGGUGCCGAGCCGAAAAUUUUGGAAACUUAUUCGAAAUUGACGAUGAAAGAUGCUAUGGACUAUAUGAGACGAAAUCCGUCGACCAUUGGUCAAAUGUCUGGAACGGAAUCGAUGAGCGCAUUGUUCCGCAAUUAUACGGGAGCGCUAAGUGGAAGGUGCAGUAAUUCAGCAAUCUUCCAUCCUUGCCCGAGCUUCUCCAACUUGGAAAACUGUUCGAGGAAUUUGGACAUGCAAGAGCUCGAUUAUAAUCCAUCCAAAAAAGAUCUUACCGAUGCUAAAAUACACCAUUUGUUAGCCGAAGAAUUGAAGCCGUACAGACGGACAUCUGUAGCCAUGCACCGACGCCUUAGUUAUAGCCGGCACGCUGUAGAUGAUAGAGAUUUAGCUACUCAGCAAGUAAAUUACAAAAUGCACAUGAAUAUUCGUCGUAUGAAUGACCGGAAGCACCAUAAACGCAGUAAAAGAGGAAGUAGUAAGGAAUCAUCCAAAAACCACGUAUCGUUCCCGGAAAUGAAACAAAACGGUUCGGCAUCGGCAAAGCAACUAUCGCAGGGUACGAUAACGCCAUACUCAUAUCGCAAUAUUAUUCGAAAACAUUCACACAGUCUUAACAAGUAUCGUAGAUUAGAACUAGAUUACAUCAAUGAAGUACUGAACGAAGCACAUGAGGACGAGGCAAAGGCAGCGGCUGGCAAUCAAAUCGACGACUGGGAUGAUGGUCUUACAUUUACUGCCAAAUAUUCUCCCGAUUCGGAUCGUGCCAAUAACAAUUCCUUAAUAGCCCACAUCUCAAGUUUACCGGGAUUUGAUGCAUCUAAGGCACGUUUUGUUAAACAAUACUCGACAAAAUCAAGUCCGGAAAAGUCUGCUUUGGAAAUUUUACCAACCGCAGCUGAAUUAAUGCUUCCCUGGCGUAGAGAUCGUUCGUACCAAAGUUUGGUUGGCGAAAAAUCGGAUAACGUUCCUAUUCCCGGAACUGAGGAAAAUGUCAAUAAAAGACUGUCACGAGAUUCAGAAAGCGAAAAUACUAGAGUAAUGACACCAACAGCGAUUGAGUCGCAGCUACCUUGGAAGCGUGAUGAUGAAGACGAUGAUAAUGGUGGUGCAUUAAAACAAAAUGAGUUUCCUGCGUGGGCUUCAAAUAAAGAGUAUUUAGCGUAUAAUUCACCAAGUGCAACUUUCUUAGGUGGGCUAUCUAAGCCUAGACCGGUUAAGUCUGUGAUAGGUCUCUUCCGACGUGAAAGCUCCGGUUCCGGAUCGUAUGACGCUACCAGCGCUGGUUCCGAUCCGACACUUGCUGGCCAAUUAUCGGUCGAAUUGGGAACACCGAAUUUCCGUGCACCAACGGCUCGGCCCGAUCGUCGUUCAGCGUCGAUAUGUGGAGUUGCUCCCAUCGCCGAAACCGAAACCGAAACAGAUCCAACUGGUGCCUUACUCCUAGACUCAACACCUAGUCAUAUGGGUCCGUUUGCUGUGACGGCUAGCCAUCGCCGAAACAAUCGACGCGGCUCGCUGCUCGAAGUGACUGGGUAAAAAAUUACACUUUUCUGUACGUGGUGCCACUGCUUCAAUGAUUAAAAUUACACAGUAUUCCUAGUGAAUCCAAUUUUACGAUCAAUCGAUAGUGAAAACUGCAGAUUACAACUGAAGGAUAGUGAUCCACAAGAUUUUCGAGCUAGAUGUUAAUUAAUUUACUUUUAAUGUCAAAGUGUCCGAGCAUUGAGGCGUGUCCGAGGACUACCCUAUAUUAUUCGAUCACAACGAAGUUUUUAACAAAACUUAUGAAACAUUUUACAUUUGCUAGCAUUUACCAAUCAGCAUUUUUAGCCAUUUUAUGGAACAACUUUGGUUGUCAUGAUUGUUUCGAAAUAGAGAAAAACAACCAAAUGGUUGGUAACUUAAUUGUUUUGAAAGAAAGAAAAAUCAACAAAAUUUGUUCAAGUCUUUUUUGGACAACCGAAAAAUUAAAAAUUGAAAGAAAAACGACCGAAAAUUUGACAUAAUUUUUCUGUGCUUCCAAAUCGAAAUCUUGAACACCGAGUGUUUUCAGUUCUUUGCAAAGGAAGCUAGCACAUUUUUAUUUUAAAAAUUUAGGUUUAAGAAAAUGUUGAUACGCAAGUAUAAAAAAAUCACAAUCAAAAUGAAGCGGUAAACAAGUCGCGAAAAAAAAAUUGAAAAGAAAUAUCAAAAGAAUUUCCAACGAAGCUAGAGAUUAUGAUUUUCAAAAGCCGCGUUCUCAGAAAAAGCUAGGAACCGACUAGGAACUGUCAUCUUAUGUAUUCUUAGUGCCCGACGGUUUUCACGAAUGUCAGUCACUUUUACUUCUACUUCACUAACUGUUCUUCAUUUUUAACGAAUACUAUUUACUUCGACUCGCAAAACUCUCAUGAGACUUUACAGAAAAAGCCAACAUUUCUGCCACAGAUCAAGAGGUAUACGCAAAAUACACCACCUAUCAAUCUACGGCCGAGGAGCACAUUUUUAGCUCACUACGAGGAAGUGGUGUAUUUACCAGUACAUCGAUCAAAUCAACAAAAAGAACUACCAAAACACCUCGUUGGCUGGAGCUAGCCUCCAUUUCCUUCAAAAAGUCAAGAAAAGAUAUGUACGAGACUUAGUCGCACUUACAUAAGAUUUGUUCCUUUCACAUGAAUAUGAGUCCCAUACAAUUGCUCAAUAUGGGGCACACAGUUAUAUUUUUUAAUAAAGCAUACAGCUAUAUUAUGCGUAAUGUACCGAUAAUAUGUGUUUCUAGUCCAUAUUAUGGGUAUACAGCUUAUAUUAUAGGCACAUUA